AUGUCGGGCUUUUGCAUUGAUGAGCUGGAUGAUAAUUUUCCAGACGAGUUUCAUGAGAACGAUGAUGGUAUAGUGCCUGAUUCAACGUAUGAGGAUGAUGGUCAGUUUUCAGUUCUAAUUAGUAGCAGGAAGAAACGAAGACAUGGAGAUAUGGGGAGCGGAACAAACCAUUUAAAGAGUAAUACUUUUAUCAAGAGGGAGGGCGAUAUGUUGGGAAGAAAUCCUUGGCCUGAGAAAGAUAGUGGUGGCUCUCAGGUUUCUCGUGAUGCGGGAUCAGGCAAAGAUGUUCAGAGUACGACACUGGAGGAUACAAAGAUUGCAAAUCAUGGUUUUAACAGUGGCCAAGUAGGUGUAGCUGAGAAUUUCUGUACUGAGGAUCCCAUGUUGUGUGACAGUUCAGCUGCAACACAUGAUGGCGUGUAUAAUUAUUCCGUCAACAACAAUCCAAAUGCUGAAAAUAAUCUGAGUUUUUUGAAUAAUGGAGAUAAAGAAAGCAAUGAUCUCUUCUAUGGCUGGGGUGACAUGGGAAACUUUGAGGAUGUUGACAAUAUGCUUAGGAGUUGCGAUUCAACUUUCGGCUUGGAUAGUCUUAAUAAUGAAGAUGACAUGUCGUGGUUCUCUUCUGCUCAGCCAAAUGAGGAUACAGAAGCGGCGAUGACAGAUGAUAUAAAACCAGAUAUACUGUUGGAAAAUCAGAGAAUCGCUAUGUUGCAGGUUGAAGACUUUUUGAACAACAGUGAGUCCGACCUUGCUGUUGAAGAUGAAUAUGGAUCUACCAUUGUGGGUGGUUCAGCUCAGGAAAAAUCGGUAGCAAAUGUAUCUGAUACAAGUUCGCAAAAGACGGAUAUACUGAUGCUGGAUCAAGAGGCUAAUCUUGAAAAGAAGAAGACUGAUAAUUUUCAUCAUCUGGAUGGGAAAAGUGAUGGGUCUUCGCAGAACAGUUUUACUUUACAAAAUAGUGGAAUUUCCAUGGAAGUAAUGGAUACAAACCAGUAUUUUCCUCCCUCCACAUUCCAACAGCCAGGUGUUCCAUACUCACAUUUCAACUUUGAGCAACCUUCAGCACAAGUAUCAGCAAGUGAAACUAAAUCUGCUAUGACAUCUGAGAACAAACCCAAUCCUUCCUCUGCUUCAAAUGAGUCAUACACAUCAAGUCAGGCACAAUCUGUCGAGAGCUUCCAAGGUCAAACCGUUGAUGAUCGGUGUAGGAAGGGACUUGAAACGAGAGUUAACCUGCAGCCCGGAAAAGAUAUGCCUCCUUCUUUUGCCACAAGUACCAAGAAGAGUAGCAAGACAAACCCUAUGUUGUUUCCUGAUGCUGCUCCUUUCCAAAAGACCGGGCUUGAGAAUGAGCACAUAAAAGCUGCAGCUGAAAUGGAAACAUCAAACAUGCAGGAAAGUUCUUGUGUAAGCUCUGUUGUGGAUGACAUUUCACUUGAAGCAACAAGUUUUCGACAGCUUCAACAAGUUAUAGAACAGUUGGAUGUUAGGACAAAGCUUUGCAUAAGAGACAGCUUGUACCGAUUGGCAAAAAGCGCGGAGCAGAGACAUAACUAUAUGAAUCCAAAUGGUGGAAACAGACAGGAGAAAGGUGCAGGCUCGCAACUCGAGACUGAUGGAACAGAAAAGUACGUUGGAUUCAUGGAUAUAGAAACUGAUACAAACCCGAUAGACCGGUCCAUAGCUCAUUUACUGUUUCACAGGCCCUCAGACUCAUCUCUUUCAUCAGAUAACGAUGUUCUCUCUUAUAAAUCUCAUCCGAUGAUUCCUCAACCCAAUAGUAGUCCGAGCCUGAGGAUAGAGAAACAAGAGGAAACUCCAGAACCCAGAACCGAAACAGAAGGUGUAAACAAGUGA